CAGAGAAAUACACUAACCGAGAAUAACACAACGACAUACUGAAACAAAUUACGGAAUAUCUGCAAAACCUCUCGGUUAUUAUAAUUAUUACUACUACUAUUAUUAUUAUUACUAUUAUUAUUAUUUAUUAUGGCCGAUACAUCUGCGACACAGAAUGAUGAAGCAGUCAAAGAACAAGCAAAGCCAAUCACACCACCGAUGACAUACAAAAAGAACGAGGUGAAAGAAUUCACACAACUACUAAUCAAAUACAAGAAUAUGUUGACGGACAGAGAAAGAAGUCCGCGAUCACUGCUGAUGAAGAAAAACAUGUGGGUGCGAUUCUCAGAAUAUCUGCACUCGAAAGGAUAUCCGAGACGACACUGGACUCGACUCCGUUAUAAGGGAUGGAAAAUUCUGAGAAAGCUGAAUCUCACCAUGACAGACAGACUGGCCUCAGUGUGUCCCGAUAUUCCGAAGUCUUCUGAAUCCGUCUCUAUUCAUCACGUGGUGGUCAGUGGUAAUGGAGAUUCCGAUGUGAGUGGCCAGUACACUUCGGUAGGUAAUGUUGACUCGAGUGUUCGUCAAUUGAGUCUGCCGUUACUGACUCCCUCACCAUGUGUUUGGAUGUCACAGAGACCCCACAUCAAUUCAACGCCUUCUACGGUCUCCACUGACACGAAUCCUUCAAACACGAUGGGUCUGAGAAUCUUGAACGCCUACUCAAUAGCUCUUAUCCCCCAGAAUUUGUGUGUUCCAUACGACUCAGUGGAGAAGACUGUGAAUCGUACGAAUAGGAGCGACGAGUUGAGUAAUGGAGUUCGAGCACACAGUGGAGUGAAUGAAUCUGUGAGUGUUUCGAAUGGUGUUGGUGAGGUGAAGGGUUGUCGUGUUGGCGAUGUGGGAGUUGGUGAAGGGUGUGUUGGAGGAGGUGGUUCUGGCGUGAGUGAGACUAUUGAUUUGUCGUUGUCAAGUGAUGACGAGAGUUGUGAGGAGAUGGAUGUGAAUGGAGUUGGUGAUGAUGGAGUGGGGAAUGUUGAUUCAAGUGACCGGGGUUAUAGGUGAGUAAUGAUAUUUGUUAUGUUAAUUUGUCCUACAUGUUCUGUCAUGUGAUGUGACGUGAUAUAGUGUGCUGUGCUGUGUUGUGGUGGUCCUCGUUGGUCACUUCUCUUGACUGGUCCCAGAUUGUCAUAGAAGUGGUUAUAGACAUAUCAAACGAAUGUAUUGUCUAUUUCUGCAGCUGGAGCAGAUACUGAUUGCAUCUACGCAAUAUAUUACUAAGGGAGAGCUUUGAUUUUGAGAAGAAAGUGUCUAAAAGAUCAUCAGUUAUGUACGACUUACCAAGUUAUACAGACUUCCUCAUAUAAAGUGGUUGCAUCUGAAUGUGUAACCGUCAAUAGCCAGCCCGUGAAUACUUUUCCAGAGUUAUUAUCCCUCCACACAUGCAUGUUUUUUUCCACCCUGUCAACAACACAUUAUCUACAGAGAAGUGAAAAAGCAAAUGUAGGCGACACUUUCAAAGAGGAUUACGACUAGGAAGCAUUUGUAAUGCUGAGCUAUCUGAUUAGUCAAAUCAAGGUGAUUUAACUUUGGUGUCUAUUGCUUACUGUUGCUGUAAUUCGUCAACUUUCUCUAUUGACUGAGAUUAUUCGUGGAUUUUUUUCAUGGAUUGUUACUUCUCUGACUUCACUGUGACUUAGUCCGUGACUAAAUGACAAUUAUCUCUGAGAUUACUGUUCAACUAACUUUGUAUAUAUAAAGGUGUGAAUAAGUGUGUGUGUGGGGGGGGGUUGGGGGCUUUGAAGUAGAGUUGCACGGAGGGAUAUCUUUCCUGACUGAUGUGUUUGUAAGUUACUGGUUAUUCUGUAGAAAAGCAACAAUAGAAACUGGUCCCCCUAUUGCAAACGUUAUUUAUAUAUAUGUCUAACGACCCAAUGAAUAAAUGAAUCGAUGAGUGACUGAAUGAAUGAAUGCACUACCUGAAGGUUUAGUACUGAUUAGCGAAAGGAGAUAGAAAGAGAGGAGAAAGGCUGAGUUACUUGGAAAUAUGCUGUGAAAUAUCCUGGACUAUUGCAUUUAAAUAGAAUGAAAUGUUGAGGUUUGUUUGGGACAUAGAUUUUAGUAUUUCAUUGGGUAGUUUGGGUGAAGUAUGCAUUGUGAGGAUGUGCAUGUUACCAACAAGCAGGUGAAAGCGAAGGCAGAGGAAGUGCAGGAGGAGUAGGAGGAGGACGGUGACUACGGCGACGAAAUGACGUCCG